AUGACUAUCAAGCCACCCACUGCCAUCACUUACCAGCUACCAUCGAAGGAUCAUCUGACCUCGACUGAAGCAUUUUCGAAAGCUCGAGACGCUCUCGUAAGAGCAGAAAGAGAUCUUAGCUUCGUCGCCACCGCAAAACCGACAGAUCUGGAGGAGAGGGCAAGCCGGAUCGUUGAGAAGAUAAAAACCUGGGAGGAAACCAAUGUACACAUGGUCCUCAAUGACGGAUCUGGUUUCGAAGCUGCGCACAAAUAUCUCCACGGAAUUGACACGAUUCAAAAGAGCGCUGUUCUUGAGAUCGCGAAGAAGGCGCCCAAAGGAGCACUGCUACAUUGCCAUCUCGAGGCGAUGCUACGCCCUCACGAGAGUCUCUUAAUCGACGCAAGAAACCAGAAGAAUCUGUAUAUCGAAACAGAUGCGCCGCUAGUGUCGAAAGGCUUCUUUGAUCAUGCGCUGCCAAGAUUUCAAUUGCUGGCCGAGGAUUCCGAACCAACCAUUGGCACCAACACUUUCUCCAAGUCAUACAUUCCAGGAUCUCUCAUGAAGUACUCCCUUUUCCUCGACCAGUUUCCCGGAGGAAUGCAAAGAGCUGAAGACUGGAUUGCUUCGAAGAUCGUACUGCAUGCAAAAGACGCCUACCAUGCAGAACAAACGGUGGAUGGAAUCUGGUCUCAUUUCAUGCGCACCUUUGUCGUUCUUCGAGGACUAUUCAAUUACGAAACUGCGUACAAGAACCAUUUCCGCCGAGUCAUCUGGAGUCUGGCCAGAGAUGGUAUCAUGUACGUUGAGCUGCGCAUAUCAAUGCACUACGGUAAUUACGCACGUCGCGAUGACGGCACGGCCGACCUGAACCACAAAGAGAUGGUACAACUACUCUCAGAUGUCCUAUCUGAAGACUUGCCAAAGAUGAAGGCCAAAGGUCUGCAUUUCAGUGGUGCACGAUUCAUCUUUACUGCGUUCCGAUCAUGUACAAAAGAUGAGAUGCUUUGGUGCAUCGACGAUUGUAUUGCGCUCAAGCAAGCUUUUCCUGACCUGAUCUGUGGAUUCGACAUGGCGGGCCCUGAAAACGCAGGCCAUCCACUCUCAUUCUUCAUCCCAGAGCUGCUCCUGUUCCGACAAAAGUGUGAAGAUCUCAGUCUGCACAUUCCUUUCAUCUUUCACGCAGGCGAGACGCUUGAUCACGGAGGCGAAGUCGAUUCAAAUCUGUACGAUGCAAUUCUUCUGGGCACAAAGCGUAUAGGUCAUGGCUACAGCCUGACCAAACAUCCACUACUCAUGCAACUAUGCAAAGAGAAUAAGAUUGCUGUCGAGAUAUGCCCCAUCUCUAACGAGGUGCUUGGCCUAUGCCCGACGAUCAAGAAUCAUCCCCUGCCAAUUCUGCUUUCGAAUUGUGUGCCUUGCUCUAUCAACAGCGACGAUCCUGGUGUAUGGGAAGCAACACUCUCACACGAUUUCUACCAGGUUCUGAUGGGAUCGAAUUCUAUGAGUCUAGUCGGCUGGCGUGUACUCGUCCAAUGGAGCAUUGAGUAUAGUUGCAUGGGCAUGGAAGAAAAGGAGCGGGCAGAAGUCGCGUUCUUGUCGCAAUGGCACCAAUUCUGCCAGCAUAUCGUGGACUCGUAUGAUUCGAGAUUUUGA